GCAUACGUCGUUAGUACCGCCAUUGCCGUUCAUUCUUACGUUGUGGUAGUGUCGCGUUAAAAGUUCGAUUUACGAAGAAAUGGUGUGAUUUUCUAAUUAAGCUCAAAGUUCUACUCAAUUACCAUGGCUUUGGGUAAAGAUGGGAAUUCAGAGGAUUCACCAUCAUUCAAGCCGCACGAAACGUCAAACUCUUUUGUGAAGAAGAUAGCAAAUCGUGUAACUGGUCUAAUUGGUUGGCGAUCGAAUAGUUACGAAAAUGUGGAAGAUUUGAAUCACCAAGAUUUAACAAAUACCUCAAUGACUGACGACGAAACCAUUUCUCCAAAUCCUAAACGUAUAAAACUACUUCAUAAUGCGGAAUCACACAAUUAUUCGAUAAAAUCAGCAGUGAAAGAUAGCUGCAGUAUCAUUCAACCUGUUAACGAUUUGAACGUUGCUGGUCCUAGUUUUAAAAGCAAAUGUUUGGUAGCGUCGACGCCAGCAGCCAACUAUUGCGUCAAGAAUUCACCUCCUCAUACUGGGAACGUAUCGGAUUACCUGGAUAGUACCGUACCCAGUAAUUUAUCUUCACCGUUACCUUCAUGUAGUAGUACUCAAAGGCAUAAUAUUACUUUACCUGGAGUACAUCAUAGAGAAUUAUCUACCGUAACGACGUACGAUAUUAAUAAGUCGUUAAAUGAAACAUCAACGAUGAUGAGUAAACGUAGACCGUCGUUUAACGCCGAAGUAUUUUCAGCUUCUAAUAAACGACUAUCGAUGAGCGUUUGUGAAAGCAGAAGUAGAAGCUGUUUGUCGCCGUUUUACUCUGCUCGUACUAUGUACGGAGGAGCAUCGGCUCUUUUACCUUAUAGUAGUCAGUCUGGUGCCAAAUUGAGGGCAGAAUCCACUUCGAAUUUAAACGUGUUUUCUCCUAAAAAUCAGAUAACCAUUCAGCCGGUUCCUAGUCCACAUAAAGGCGGCGCCAAUGAUCAGGAAACUAUGUCGGCAGCUGCUCGUAGAAUAUUGGAUACUUUAGAAAGAUAUUGCUCUCCGAUACAAGAUGCUAAGCGUAUUCCUAUGAACGAAUCGUCUUCGAAAUGCGAAGAUGAUAGGACGUAUACGCCGAGAGGAAUCAAAAGGAAAUUACCAUCGUUAUCGCAAAUCACCCCUAGUACUACGGAUCUUUUACGUAUCAAGAGACAAGAAAAAAUGCAGGAUUCUAUUCUGAAUGCUCGAGAAGCUCUUUCUAGUGUACCUGAGUCGUCGGCUUCUGUUAUCGCAGAUUCUGAUUCAUCUUCCGAUUCCGCUGAUUUAGAUUAUACUGUAUUCAAUGACAAUACGAAAAGAAAAGAAGAAACCCUACGAAGCACGAAGCAUAAAGAAGUUGCCAAAUACGACGAUAGACCAGCAACAUCAUCGGCGACAACUUCCACGGCUACAAAGUCCGGCUCAAAUGCGGCGUUGAGUUUGGGCAAUCUACCUAAAUACGAAAUAACCGAAACGUUCACGUUUUCGAAACCGUUAACUUUGGAUAAUUUCGAUGAAGCGGCCAAAAUGGACGUCGAAAACGAAGACAACGGCGACGCCAAGAAAUCAACCGCAGCUCUCGGAGCUGGCGGUAAAACUACCCAAAAUCUUUCCAGCGGUUUAGGCUCGAGCUCCGCGACCGUUACUAAAUCACCGCUAAGUGCACGAACUAGCACCGGUGGCGAAUUCAAGUCUUUCAUUUCAUCAACUACGUCUCCAUCUCGUAAUUUGGGCGUUGCUAAAGAAGCUUUUGCGCCUUUUGGUGGUAAAUCCGCGACGACGAAUCAGCAACUGUCGAGUAAAUCGAAUACUAUUAAUAAUACAUCGUCGAGUAAAUUUUUUUCUGGCGGUUUGAGCUCACCUGGUGGUAAAAGCAGCGCUGCCAGAUGGACGUGUAAGAAUUGCCUUCUGGAUAACACCAGUGAUCGAUGUUCGAGCUGUUCGAGUUCGCGACCGGAGCAGUCCGAUACGAAGAAUACCAAACCGGAGACGAUUACUACUGUCAGUCAAUCGGAUGAUAAAUCUACCUUAUUCGUCGGUGUACCGAAUAAGUCGAGUUUCGGCAACAAUAAUAAUAAACUGAUCGCUAAUAACGUAGUAGCUGGAUCCGGAUUUAGUACUUUCAACGAUCUUGAUCGCAACAAAUCGAGCGCCGGAGGCGAUCACGUUUUCGGUGCGGUCAAAUCUACCCCAGCUACCACUACCAAGAUUACUUCGAGCGUCGAUGGUGCGAAAAAGACCGAAACGACGUCCGACCAAUCGCAGUCGAACGAUUUAUGGAAGAAUUUGAAAAAACCAUCGGCCGCCGGAGCGGACGAGCAGUGGAAAUGCGACGUUUGUUGGGUACCGAACAAAAAGACAGACGCGAAAUGCGCCUGUUGCGGUGAACCGAACAAAUCAGCGCCUCAGGAUAAGACUGCUGCAAGUGCUCCUAAACCAACGUACUCGUUCGGUAUCCCUGCUGCUGCCGCCAGCGGUGACGAAACCAACAAGGGAGUCGGAUCGUCGAUAAAAUUUGGCUCAGAUACGUCGUCUGCGAAACCGGCGACCGGAAUUAUGUUCGGAUUCGGUAACACUAACGCCAUCGUCUCGACAACUUCGAAUACCGCUGUUCAGUUUUCAUUUGGAAAUAAUACGACGACGGCGGCUUCAAGCGCUCAAACCAACCCAACGUCUAGUUCUUCGUUCGGCUUGAAGAGAUCAGCUGAUGGUUCGACGAGUGGUUUCGGAUCAUUAACCGGUUCCUCGACGAGCGACGCGAACGCGACGAAUAAAGUACCGAAUGAUAAGACGUCGAGUCAAGGUGCCUCCGCCAUGUUCAACGAUGCAGCUGCCGCCAACACGACGAAUAAUAAUAAGAAAAUCUCGAAUCCGUUCGCAGUGAAAUUCGGCGAAGCUGCUGUGACCAGCGAUAAUGGUGGAUCUGGUUCGCCUAAACUUACCUUCACGCAGAAGAACGCUACGAUUCGAGAAAACGGCGAAGAUUUUCAGUCGCCGAGUACGACGGGCUUGUUCAACGAUAUCACGUCGUCCGGAGGUAAUAUGAGCAGUCCUAUGAAGAAGAAGGCCACUUCAACGGGUGGUUUUCCGUUACCGAGUUCGUUAUUUAGCGGUAAAGAUGGUGCAGGUUCGGCCGCCACGACGUCUUCUCCUAACACGUCGUUCGGAUCAGCGAACGGUGGAUUAUUCAAUAGUAACUCUACCAACAACGAGUUCAAGUUACCUUCGGCUGCUGGGUCGUCUUCUGCGUUAACGACGAAUAACAGCUCAGCUGCAUCGAGGGGCUUCACGCCGCAAACCGGCAACUUAUUUGCUUCAGCCGCUGGCUUUGCUUCACCAUCGGCGUCCGUAUCGUCAGGUGCUUCUAAAUCAAACGACACGCCGAAUACAGCGGCGCCCUCAUUCGGAUCUGCAACGACGACCGGUGGCGCAACGAAUUCGCCGAUGAGUUUCGCUUCUUCGUUAAACAGCAAUCCAUUCGGUAGCCUCGUAUCUGGCGGCACGAGCAGUCAACCUUCCAUGUUCGGAAACGCAGCAGCCGCUACGCUGGGCAAGAAAGAUGAUAAAACCGUUCUGGCAACCACCGCAGACGGUAACAACAAGAGCUCCGCUGCCGGUGGCGUUGGCGGAUCUCUGUUUCCAUCCGUGAACAACACCAACAAUAACAAUAACAAUGCUACCUCCAACACGGUGUUCGGCGCCGCUUCAGCGUUAUCCGCAUCGGCUCCGUCCUCCAACUCGAUGUUCGGUCAUUUCAACAGCAUCGGUAACGCCAACUCGACCGACACGACAAUCGCCAAAAGCGCCGCUACCUCGGAAUCAGCCGCUGCGACGACCACGCCGUCGUUAAAUUUCAACAACACCGCUCCAUCGUUUCGAUUCGGCGCUCUGGGCGGUUCAGCGGCCGCCAACACCAAUACAUCGUCGCAAAACAGCACUCAGCCUGCUAGCGGCGGAUUUGCCUUCAACGGACCGCCCAAAUUGGAGAACUCGAUGAUGCCUCCGCCGGCGAAAUUCGGUCAAGGAGCUUUCGGCGGAGUUACGUCGAACAGCAACGCGACCACAUUCGGCGACGGGCCAGCGUUCAACUUCGGAUCAACAUCGGCUGCAGCGCAGCCCGAAAAUACCAACGCGGUAAGCUUUGCUGCGGUCGUGAAAGGUGCACCGACUCAGGAUACGAUGCUGAAGACGGCCGCUGCUCCGACCUUUGGAUCUACGGUGUUCGGCGGCGAGGCGGGUAUCAAGAAAUCAGGCGGAUUCAACUUCAGCGCUGGGAAUACGAUGGCGGCGGCGCCAGCGAUGAAUAGUUUUUCCGGUUUUGGGCCAACGGUUAACGAUAAUCAAGACCAGAAUCGUUUGAACAAUUCCAACGCGCCCGCUUCGAGUCCGUUCGUUUUCGGCGGCGGAAAUGCUACCAACGCAGCAGCUCCAACCCAUGGUUUCAGUCUAACCGUACCUCAGUCCUUCAACUUUAAUUCUAACCCCAGCACGAAUUCUAUAACAUCGUUUACCGCUCCUCCUCAACCAGCCAGUACAAGCAUGCCUAAUAGAAAAAUCAAGAAAGCGGUUCGCCGAACUACUAAAUAGAAUCAGCGACGCCAAUUGGAAGGCCGUUUACGUUUCAUCCAGAAUAGCUGUGCAGAUAUUUGCGCAGCAGGUGUGACCGUAAUUUUUUAUUUGUUUUUAAUUAUCGUGGACAGUAUCUGAGAGACUGGUUGGUUUUUUAGUUUUUAUUGAUUCGUCUUUUGUUUGGUGUGCUCGCGAGCCCCUCCCUGAAAAUAGAGCUUGAAUUUUUUUGGAAGCUGCUUCGUGUACGGUCAAGAUGUGAUGAUGGUGGUCGGAUUACGUGUUGACUUUUUUCUUCACACUCUUUGUAAUGGAAUUAUUUUGAGUUAGCGGUUGAUCGAUCGAUAUAUACGUUAAUAUUAUAAUUUUAAAAUAGCGGUGAAUUUUUUUUCUCUUUUAAAUUAACUACUAUGAUGACUAUCGGUGAAGCGGUGUUUUUGUUUUUUUUUCUUUCUUUCAGCAAUCUUGUUUUGGUUUUUUGUCCUUCUUUGUUCAGUCGCAAACGUAAUUUACUCGUUUUUGCUCGUGUCUUUGGGUUGGUAACGUGUUGUGAAAAUUUCGUCGGACGAAAGUUGUCGCUAGCUUUUUUUUGAUCGAUUUGGUAUUUUGCGAAGGAGAUUGCACGCCCACCACCCUUGUACAUAUCUCUUAUCCGUAAUGUUAAAACAUUUUUUACAAAGACUAAUGCAUUUGUAGCCGCCGAAAAAAAGGGUAAUUCGUAAAGACAGGAUGAUUAAAUCUUAUCCGAGACUUUUAGUGUAGGCAAUUCUGGCCGAAAUUAAAUUAUUUAUCGAGUAAAAUUAUCGAAAAUUGUGUUCGAAAUGAUUCGAUGUGAAUUUUUUUAACGAAUAAUAAAUUUUGACUAUUCGUUUUUUUUAGGAGUCCAUCUUGACCGGAAUCGGAGCACAUUAUUGAUGACGUCAUAGCUCAACUUCUCGAUGUUUAUUUUCAUGUUUUCAUUAAAAGUUUUCAUUUAUUUAUGUGGAAAAGGUCUCUUUUUCUACUUUUUUAGUAUAAAUAACGAAAUACCGAAUUAUAUAAAUUUUGAUGAGGACUUUUCUGAAGUAAAAUUGAAUUUCUCAUCGAAUGGUGUGAACAAUUUUUGUUUUCGUGUAGAAAUAAAAGACUUUAUGAAGGUAUUUUCAUUCACGGAUUAUGAGCACAUGAGUGUUUCAAAAUCAAAAUGUUCAGAAUUUUAUUCUGUUCGAAAUGUUUUUUUUUUUACCCAAAGGCUCACUCAGCGUUUAUUGUUCAAAAUUCAUUAAAGCUCCAAGUUGUGAAAACCAGAGAUGCGGAGUAAAAAUCGAACGUUGAGCUUUAAUGAAUUCAUUGAAUUCUGAAAGAUAAACACUAAACAGUAGCAGCUUUGGAUAAAAAACUAUUUUGAACUGGAUAAAAAUAAAAUUCUGAACAUUUUUGAUUUUGGUAUUUUAAAACACUAGUGUUUUCAUUGAAAAUUUCGAGAAAUUUCAAUUCAAUAUAUCUACUUACAUAAUAAUUUAUCCAUGAAUGAAAAUAUAUAAAGUCGUUGUUUCUGUAAUUCUGCUGGAAAGCAAACCAUUCGACGAAAAAUGUCAUUUUAAUUAAGAAAAGUCAUCAUCGAAAUUUACGCAAAUUCACUUUAUUCCUACCAAUAAUGAUUAAUAAAGUCGAAAAACUGAAUUUCUCCCAUACAAUUACCUGUGAAAACUCGGAAAAUGAUAAAUAAACAUCGAGAAGUUGAGCUAUGACGUCAUCAAUAAGGUGCUCCGAUUCCGGUCAGGAUGGACUCCUUUUUUUUUUUAAGAAUUUGAAUUUGAAAACUUGUGAUUUUUUGUUUUUAUUUUCGUCGAAAAUUUCGAAUCGAGGAGUGAAAACGAUUUUUCAUUCUCUCCAUUUGUCUACACUGAUUUAAAUUAUUAAACCUUCGUUACUGCAGCUUAUUCGGGUAAUUUUUAACUUCGCGUGUUUAAAACUGGAGAUAAAAUCGUAUUUUUUCAUUUUACGUUCGAUGAUGAGUUGUAAUUUGAGAAUUUGAAAAAAAAGUUAAACGAAGACUUACUCUUUAUUUUUUUUUUGUUUUACGUUAGCUAAUCUUGUUGUGUUUCGCUUUUGUACGAUAAAUUUACAUUAUUGUAUUUUUACGACGAUUAUUUUUAUUAUUUAUUAUUAUUACGAUUUAUUUUUUUUUUUUGCAAUAUGUUUUUCUUGUAUACGUCGUUCUUGGAGAAAAAUUUGUGUAUAUGAAAUUUUUAAUUAUGUAAGAAACUAUAUAAUUUUGAUUUUAUUAUUUUACUUUUUUUUUUUUUUUUGCUAUAUAUUGUUGAUGAUAUGAAGGCCUGACCCAUGGAAUUUUAAUUAUGUACCGAUUGUUGUAUUCGAUUAUUUAUAUUUUUUCCGUUGUACUAUUUCGGCCACUCGUUGAGUAAACAAAAUUGUGACGUUGAAAAAAAAAAAAAAAAACGUGGACGAUGUGUUUCCUUCUUUUUUUUUUGUUUUGUUUAGAAUUUUGUAUAUAUUAUAAAUCGAUGUUCCCACUGUAUUUCUCUGUUUCGUAGUCGUCAACACGCGUUAUCAAAAUACCUUUACGAAAAUUAUUGAGUUUUUUUGAUUUUUUUUUUUUUGAUUUUGAAACGUGUUAACAGUUAUGUUUUUUAGAAUGUACCUAUUUUAGAGUUGUUUAUUAUUCUUUAUACAUAUAUUAUAUAUAUAACACACGCAUUAUAUAUAUAAAAUAAUACUUUUUUAAAGUGAUUUUUUUUUAUUUUCUUUUUUUUGUUAUGUAAGAGAAAAAAUGCUGUGAUAUUCGUGUGGGACAGGCCUCCGUGGGAUGCCCAAACCUUCGUUAUUUAAUAAUUAUAUAUUUUAUUGUAUCAUAUUUGUAACAAAAAUAUAUUACGUAUUUUUAAAAAUAUAAUUUUUAGAAUAAA